AUGGCAUUCGUUACAAGUGUCGGGGUUUACAAUUAUAAAAUGAUGUCCUUCGGCCUGAAAAAUGCUGGAGCGACAUAUCAGAGGCUGGUGGACCAAGUGUUCGCUGAGCAGAAGGGCCGCAACAUGGAAGUCUAUGUUGACGAUUCCAUCGUCAAGAGCAAAGAGGCGAAAGACCAUGUCGUGGACCUAGCCAAAACGUUCGCCAGUCUGAGAAAGCACCAAAUGAAGCUGAAUCCGAAGAAAUGUGUCUUCGGCGUGAGGUCAGGAAAAUUCCUAGGCUUCAUGGUCAGCAAGAGGGGGAUUGAUGCCAAUCCUGCCAAAUUUCAAGCAGCUCUUGAUCUUCCCGGGUCGAAGACAAAAAGAUACAUUCAGCGUCUCACAGGGAGGAUGGAUGCCCUUUCCAGGUUCAUCUCAAAGGCCUCGGAUAAGGGGUUACCCUUCUUUAAAGCGCUGAAAUUGCCAAAAUCUAAAGAGCUCAUAUGGGAAGAAGAGCAAAAAAUAGCCUUCCAACAGCUCCGAGAACACCUGGCAAAUUUCCCAACGCUGGCAAGACCAGCCGAAGGAGAAAUCUUGUACUUAUACGUGGUAGUUAGCCCUGCUACAGUGAGUGCGGUGCUGCUGAGGGAAGAAGAAAAGGUUCAGCAACCGAUCUACUUCGUCAGUCAUACUUUGACUGAUGCCGAAAUGCGCUACCCCUUGCUCGAAAAAGUUGCAUAUAGAGUGGUAGUAGCAGCUCGGAAGUUAAGGCCUUAUUUUGACUCACAUCAAAUAGUGGUCUUAAUGGAUCAACCGUUGGAAAAAGUCCUCGGCAAGGUUGAAAAGUCAGGCAGACUAACAAAGUGGGCCUUCGAGCUCACUGGGUUCAGCAUAAGCUAUCAGCCGAGGGCAGCCAUUAAGGCCCAAGCCUUAGCAGGUUUCCUGGCCGAAUGUUCCUAUCAGGAAACACUCGACGAAGGGAAGGGGACUUGGACCAUAUUUACGGGUGGCUCAGCCACUGUAAAUGGUUCGGGAGCAGGGGUAGUGAUUACCUCUUCCGAAGGCAGGAACUUCGAGUAUGCACUCAAAUUUUCGUUCAAAGCUUCUAACAACGAAGCAGAAUAUGAAGCAGCAGUUGCUGGUUUAGAACUGUGCAUAGCUCUCGAAGCCGAGCAUGUCUGUUUGAAAACAGACUCUCAGCUGGUCGCUAAUCAGAUUCGGGGCGAAUAUGAGGCCAAAGAGCCCUCCAUGAUCUCUUAUCUCGCCAAGAUCAAGUCAGUCAUAGUGAAGUUGAGAACUUUUGAAAUUGAGCUGAUCCCAAGGGGUCAGAAUGCUCAAACCGGCGCACUAUCCAAACUUGUAAGUUCAACUCUCACCGAGCUGAACCGAUCAGUAUAUGUGGAAGUGCGCCGAAUCAGAAGCAUUGACCAAGAAAUUGAGGUCCAAUGCGUCGAAGCUGAACCGAGCUGGAUGGAUUCCAUCCUGGCUUAUAAGCUUCAAGGAACACUCCCUGAGGACAAGAACCUAGCCGCAAAAAUGAAAAGGGUCGGCUCAAGGUUCAUCGUCUACAAGAGGGAAUCGCUGAAAAAGUCCUUCUCAGCCCUGCUGCUGAAAUGUGUGGGCCCAACAGAUGCAGAUUACGUCCUUUGGGAAAUCCACUUCGGCAUCUACGGAAACUACAUAGGGGGAAGGACCCUGGCCCAUAAAGCACUGUGGGCAGGGUAUUACUGGACGACUAUGAUCCAAGAUGCCAAAGACCUGGUGCAGAAAUGUGAAAAAUGUCAAAAAUUUGCACCAGUUAUUCACCGGCCGUCGAGGGACCUUCAGCCGAUUAUGAAUCCGCUCCCUUUUGCUCAAUGGGGAUUGGAUAUUUUGGGACCGUUUCCUGAAGCUCCUUAUCAGAAAAAGUGGCUGAUAGUCGGAAUUGACUACUUCAGCAAAUGGAUGAAAGCCGAAGCAGCCUCAAACAUAACUGAGCAGACUGUCAGGAAAUUUAUCUGGGAGAAUAUCAUUACUCGCUUCAGCAUUCCAAAAGUGUUUAUCUUCGAUCAUGGGAGGCAAUUCGAUAAUCUGCCGCUGAGGCAGUACACAGAUUAG